ACAUGGCGGUCUGACGACUUGCUGCAGUUCUGUAUGGCUCCUCGUCGAUUAAAAGACUUUUACUACGCACAGACGGCACGUUGGUAAGCAGGUCCCAAUGUUUCGCCGCUCGAGGUUCAGCGUUCGUCCCAACGUGGGCGGGGCCGGGAGGACGCCGGCUCCACUACAGGAAGCCGCCCUGGUGAGUCAGGAGACCAAAGAGGCUCCGAAAGACGUCGACGAAAAUGUGCCGACCUCUGCGGCGACCGACACCAAGCCAGUUGAAGCUCCUGUGGCUAAAGCUCCCGUCCCGAGUGAUGCAAAUGAUCCAAGUGGGGAUGGUACCAGCUCCUCGGCUGCUGUCCAGCGGAGGAAGCGCUUCUCUGUCAAGCCCAGAGUGGCGCCAGGCCGCCUCGCCACCCUCCCUCGAACGCCCAAGUCCCCCGUCAAGGUGGGCUCUCAAAGUCCCCUCAAAAUUUCAAACCUCAAGCCAAAAACUCCACCCCAAGCGGCACCGUUGGGAGUCCAGUCGCUGACGCCGCCUGAAGCCGAGCCCGUCGUCACCUCUUGUGAUGGUUUAGGAUCAGCAGCUCCCGCCACCGCUGACCACUCUCCAAAAGGAAACAAAAAAAUAGAGAAGGUAUGGUCAGGCGGCAGUCUCACCAAAGUUCCUCCCAGGCCACCGUACAAAGUGGCCCCGCUGGACAAAGAAGCUGCGGCACUGUCGGAGAAAGCAAGGACUCUCCUGUCGUCGAAGAGCAGGAAGUCUCCGUCGAUUCCCCGAUUCUCCCUGAGUCGACUUUUGAACGACCCGUCAGACAUUCAGAGACUGGAAAAGGCUCAGAAGCUCCGCGAACUGCUCAGACAGGAGAUGCGGAAAGAAAAGGGUGCCAAGAGAGCAAAGAGGAAGCAUGUCAAGGAAUACGCUUUGGAUCCCUCCAAAAUGAUCAUGAGAGAUCUCAUCCACUACCUGCCUUUGUCCAACCCCAUGUCGUCGAGUGUAGAAGACGACACUCAGGAGAACGAGACCGUGGUUCCGUUUUCCCCAAGGAGAGAAAAAUCGCCAGAAAGAGUGCAGAAACCGGACCCAGAAGCUGUGGUGAAGACGGGUUCCCAGGCGGUGGAGGAACAGGAGGAGGCAGCGGAGGAGGAGGAGGAGGAAGACGAGGAGGCACUGAUGGUGCCGCGGGUCAAAGUCGCUGAAGACGGCACGCUGAUCCUGGAUGAGGAGAGCUUGACUGUGGAGGUCCAGAGAGCUAAAGGGCCGAACCCGGCGGAGGACCGAGACCCCAUCUUUGAGCGCGGCUCUACCACCACGUACUCCAGUUUCAGGGCGUCCACCUACUGCAAGCCUUGGACCAGCGAAGAGACGGACAUGUUCUUCCUGGCGAUCAGCAUGGUGGGAACGGACUUCUCCAUGAUCGGCCAACUUUUUCAUAACAGAACUCGAGCUGAGAUAAGGAACAAAUUUAAAAGAGAAGAGCGGCAGAACUCCUGGAGAAUUGACAAAGCUUUCCGAGAGCGACGCAAGCUAGACAUUGAGUAUUUCUCCAAGCUUCUGGAGAAGAUUCUAGAAGUCCAGGCCAACAGGAAGAAGCUCAAGUCGCUGGUGGAGAAGAACGCCCCCAAGAAGCGCCAGAGGCGAUCAAAGGUCGCAAAGGAUAAAGCGUUUGUGGACGAGCUCAUUGACAGCGAGGGGGACGAAGACGACGGAGAGAUUGAUGGCUUCUGCAGCUCCGAGGCGGAGGACGGAGAGAAAGAGAAUGACGAGCUCUGCAAGGAUGGGAAAGCCCUUGUCUCGAAGACCAAGAGCAAACGCAAACGCCAGAGUGCGGAGGACGUCUCAGCUGCAAAACUAAAGAAGAUGAAAAGCAAAGCGGGAGAAAAGAGCGACGAAGAAGACAAUGCCUGCAUACCCGAAGACACAGAAGCAGCCUUUUCUCAAGCUCAACCCGAUUCGCAAGUGUGCGAAAGUACGGGGACGGACGAGUCAUCCGAGCACGCUUCAGUCAAACCCGCCAAACUCUCACGAGGAGGAGCAGCCAAACCAGUCCUGCCCCUCGGCCGAAAGUGGAGUAAAAAGCUUCAGCCUCCUCCUCCCCCCGUCGCGAAUGCAGAAGAUGAUGCAUCCGCUAAAGACAAUGAUGGUGUGAUGAACGAAGACUCGAAAGAGCAGAUGAACAAUGAGACAUCAUCACCUGCAAGAGGAGCCAGCGAGGAGGAGGAGGAGGGUGGUGAUGAUGGUGCUUCAUCUGGUGAUGAUUUCUCUGCUAAACCUGCAAAACCCACUAGGUAUGGGAGAGUUCCCAAGCCUCCCAGCCUCUUAAAUUAUCCCACCAAGGAAGAAAAGCCCACCUCUACACCUGAGCCAAAGUGCGCCUCCAAGAGGGCCAGAUCGGCCAAGGCACCAUCAGCUGCACUGCUGUCCAAAAAGUCCAAACUUAUUACCCUCAGAGCAUCUCAGUCUGAAUCCAGCGACAAUGAGGUGGAGGAACAGGCACAGCAGAGGGACGAUGAAGAAGCGUUCGUGCCCGCCAGCCUGCGCUCUCCCUCGGUUGUCAUCCCACAGGUGGAUGAGACAAUAGAGAAUGUUAUCGACUACCUGUCUUUUGAACAUAACGAAGUGUCUGAGAUGGAUAGCUACAACGAGGCUGCGCAAAUGCUGCUGGCCAUCGGCAAUGGGGUUGACCUCUCUCAGUCGGACACCAUGCAUGAUCAGGGAACAGACAUAGCAUUGGAGAGUGGAGAUGAGCCCAACAAACUCUUGGAGGAAGAGAUAGCAGAAUUAAUCGAGAAAAACUGCUCCAGCCCAAUCCCGUCUGCGUCAUCGGACCAUAGAGUCACACCGACGAAUGAGAAUUCCACCUCAGUGCCCACAAAAACGGAAUCUUCACCUCAGAGAACUGUUUCAGGCCCUGACUUAAGCCCUACUGCGCCAUCGGGCCCACAGAGCAGAAGAGGUCACUCAUCUGAGGUGAAACCAAAACCUAACCUUGCUAAAGUCUCAAGGACCGCACAUUCCAAAUCCCAACCAGAAGCAUCACCAGUAAAGUCUGCUGUGGCGUGUCUUUCUCCCCUCCUUUCUAAAGAAACAGCCUCUAUGAUAGGAAAGUGUGAUCAACCCUCAGAAAACCAGACUUGUGACUUAACAAAAGCCAAUUUUGACUUGAGCUUGGAACUGGCUGCCAUAGAAGCCAAGUCCACAAAUGCUGAAAGUGGUCCUAAUUACGGGGCCGCAUUAGAUGUCGCAGUCACAGAACCACAAACUGGUGAGUCAAACACACCGUUGGUACAAAAGAGUGGAGAUCAUGACAGUGUCAGGCAAGAUGUACUUGAAAGUCAGAAAUCAUUUGAAGUUCAGGAGACCAGGACUCGAUUCCCAAAGGUCAAACCAAAACCAAAUAUUUCAAAGUUAUCAAGACGUGCACGGUUUAAACCUCAGACCACAAAUGAAACGAGCCUGUCUGCAAAUAUGGAAUCCACCUGUAAAACAACAGCUGACGUAGACCCACAGCUAGCUUCUUUAGAGACACAAGAUGAAAGCAUCAGUUCAACUCUGACACCAAUCAUUAACAUAGGCUCCAGUGUAAUACCUUCAGAGGAACUGAAUUCUAGUGUGGAGAAGAAUAAGGCAGGUGCUGGACAUGCUGCUAGAGAGACAAAGCCCACAGAUUCUAAAAUAGUUGAAAGUGUUCAUAAUUAUGAGAUGGCAUCUGAUGCAGAAGCCACAGAAUCACAGGCUAAAGAGUCAAAGGCACCUGUAGACCAAGAAGGUGGAGAUCAUGACUGCAACUUGCAGGAAUUACCUGAAUGUCAGACCCCGAGUAAAGUUAUUUCCACUCAUCAGACCAGGGGGAGUCGAUUCCCAAAGGUCAAACCAAAACCAAACCUUUCCCAGCUAUCAAGAAAUGAACAGUUGAAACCUGAAACCUCAAAAGAAAGUAGCCCGUCUCGAAACCUGGGAUCCACCUGCAAAACAAUAGCUCAAAUAGAACCACAGGCAGCUUGCACUUCCUCCUUUGAGGCACCGCGUCAAAGCACCAGUCCUGCUUCAACUGUGACACCAAUCAUGAACUCAAGCGCCAGUAUGAUACAGUCAGAGGAACUGACUUCUAGUGAAGAGAAGAUGGUAGCCGUUGAACAUGCUGCAGGAGACACAAAAUCCACAGACGCUGAUGAAGUUGAAAGUGGUCAGAAUAACGAGUCAGUAUCUGAACCCAAAGAGCAAGAGUCAAAGGCACCUCUGGUCCAAGAAGGUGGAGAUCAUGCCACUGCCAUGCAAGCAGAAUCAGAAUAUCAGAAACCAAGAACAGUUUUGCCACUUCAGCAGACCUGGAGAAGUAGAUUCAAAAGGAUCAAACCAAACCUUCCACAGAUGUCAAGAAUGUCACAAUCUAAACCUCAACUCACAAAAGAAACUUGUCAGUCUGAGGUAGAAUCACAGCCAACUUGUACCCUCUCUCUUGGGACCUCUGCUCAGAGUGCCAGUUCAACUUCUAAUGUGACGUCAAUCAUGAACUUAAGCUCUAGUGUGAUGCCUUCAAAGGAACAGACUUCUAGUGAAAAGAAUAUGCUUGGCAUUGGACUUGCCGCAGGUGACAAAACCUCCGCAGAUCCUGAAACAGUCGAAAGUGGUUGUAAUAAUGAAACUGCAGAAGUCAUAGAACCACAGGCUCAAGAGCUAACGAAAGCUUUGGACCAAGAAGGUGAAGAUUAUGACAAGGCCCUACCUGAAUGUCAGAAACUGAGUGAGGUGGUUUCCGCUCAACAGACCAGGAGGAGUCGAUUUCCAAAGGUCAAACCAAAACCAAACGUAUGUACAUCAAGAACUGCACAUGCUAAACCUCAAACCACAAAAGAAAUUAGCUUGUCUCCAAAUCUUGACUCCACCUGCAUAAAAACAGCUAAAGUACAAACACAGCCAGCUGGCACCUCUGUCGAGUUACCAAUUCAAAGCACUAGUUCUGCUUCAACUGUGACGCCAAUCAUAAACUUAGGUGCCAGUAUGAUACCUUCAGAGGAACUGACUCCUAGUGAGCAGAAAAUGGCAGGCAUUGGACUUGCCGCGGGAGACACAGAGUCCACAAAUUCCGAAACAAUUGGGAGUGUUUGUAAAAAUGCAGUGUCAUCUGAUGCAGUACUUGCAGAACCACAGGCGGAAGAGUCAAAUACACUUUUGGACCAAGAAGGUGGAGAUCAUGUUAGUAGCUUGCAGGAGUUACUCAAAUGUCAGAAACCGAGUGAAGUUGUGUCUGCUCAUCAGACCACGAGUCGAUUCUCUAUGGUCAAACCAAAACCAAACCUAUGCUCAUCAAGAAGCGCACAAGCUAAACUUCGAACCACAAAAGAAAUUAUCCCAUCUCCAAAUCUUGAAUCCACCUGCAAAACAACAGCUGAAGUACAAUCACAGUCAAUUAGCACCUUCUCUCUCAAGUCACCAAGUCAAAGCAUGGGUUGUGCGUCAACUGUGACACCAAUCAUGAACUUCGGCACCAGUACGAUACAUUCAGAGGAACUGACUCCUGGUGAGCAAACAAUGGCAGGCGUUAGACUUGCUGCAGGUGACCCACUCUCCACAGAUCCUGAAACAGUUGAAAGUGUUCGUAAUAAUGAGGCGGCAUCUGAUGCAACAGUCAAAGAAACAAAUGCUGAAGAGUCAAAUAAACCUUUGGACCAAGAAAGUGGCGAUCAUGACAAUACCGUGCAAGAGUUACCUGAACGUCAGAAUCCCAGUAAAGUUGUUUCUAGGAGGAGUCGAUUUCCAAAGGUGAAACCAAACCUUCCCCGGAUACCAAGAGGUUCACUGUCCAAAUCUCAAAACACAAAAGAAACUAGCCCAUCUUCAGAUCCUGGAUCCACCUGCAAAUCAACAGCUGAAGUAGAAUCACAGCCGACUUGCUCAUUCUCCCUGCAGAAGCAAACAGUCAGUUCUUCAACCGUGACGCCUAUCACAAACUUAAACUCCACUUUUAUGCCUUCAGAGGAAAUCUCUUCUAGUGAGAAGAUAUUAGGUCCUGAAUCCGCGGCCAGAGACUUAAAUUCCACAUUUGCCGAAGCAGUUCAAAGUGGUUGUGGUUAUGAGGCAGCAGCACAGUCAACGUCUGAGACUUGUCAAAAUGUUCCACCCAGUGCAAUGACAUCUUCAGCUGACAAUAUAGAUCAGGAAGACUCUGAGGCAUCAAAACACUCUCAAGAAAUCAUUCAAAGACGGCGACGUCUCCCCAAGAUCAAACCCAAUCUGAGAUCCCCUGCUCGAGCAACAUUGCAGUCAAAGGAUGGACUAGACAAACCCUCCAAAGUAACAUCCGACUGUCAAACAGUGCCAACAAGAAGUGAGGCAAGGCCACAGCGUGCCAGCAAUGAGGUUGUCUCCAUGGAAAUGUCCAUGUCGACUAGGCCUCAAGCGCAGAGUGGUGAAACACCAACAGUUGGCGAGGAAACGGCGAGCAAUGUUGCUCCUCAUCAGGAGACUGUGACAAUGACUGGUCCUUUAAAUUCCACAACUGAAGCCCCCUCCUUAAACAUCCCAUUGCCAGAUUCAGUCCUGGAAAGUUCUGGAACCAGUGAAGCAAAUCUAGUGACCGCAGAGGCUCAAAUCCCCAAAUGCACCGAGAAUACUUCAUUGCCCAAAACCUCCACAACGAGACGGAGCAGGCUGGUAAAACCCAAACCCAACCUUGGACACGACACUCAACCGUCCCGACAAGAGGCAGUCAAAGCCGGAUCAGAUGCCAUCGACACUUCUGGUCCUCAAGAGCAAACGACUGUCCUGCAUACGCCAGUAGAGGGAGCUGAUGAUCAAGUUAAGGAUGCCUGCUCUACAUUGGCAAGUGAGACAAGAGCGCCAGAGUGCCCCAUCCAGAAUGAAUCAGCGUCGUCAUGCACGGGAUUCUACCAAACGUCUGCGAGUCUCUCAAUAUUUCCAGACACGCUGUUAGUACCGUCGGAUCCAGACGAGCCCUUCUUCACCCUGUCCCUGGUAGAAGUCCCGUUGGAUGAGUCUCCUCCUCAGGUCCCACAAGCAGAUCUAACCACGCAGCAAAGCCUUCCUGCGGACAGUGGGGUGGCAGGAACGGGCGGUUCCCAACCUGGCGUCCUCUGUGAAGAGAUGGGUGUCUCCACGAGUGCAGUCGUGGAGCAUCCAGUGCUACCAGCGCCACCUGCAGAAAGUGAAGACAAGGCCGCCUCAGCAGUGACAGUUUCUCCCAAAAGGAGACCGAAAGGCUUCCUUUCCUUCCUGUCUGGGACAAAAAGCACUGCCCCGUCCAAUGAAUCACGGCGAGGCAAAGCCGCUUCCUGCCGACCGAACGUUAGUAAACCCAUGCCCAGAAAGCGGCCUACGGCGCCAACUGCAUCCCCCCGACCGACCACCGCACAAACGACAGAGGAGCCCAAGCCAUUAAUACCCUGUACAAUAGCAUCACAACCAUCACCUAGUCCCUCUCUCACUGCAUCUGAAGUUUCCGUGUGUCGUGACGACAGCAGCGUGGCGGUCCAAGAGGAGCCCACCAAUGUCUCUCAGUACUUCCUAAGUGACAUUUUCACUGAAGUGGAGGAGACGUGAAAAGCACUCGUUUAGCGCCGUUCCCUUUGUAAUUUAUGACGUAUACAAUUCACAAAAAGUUAUUGGGCUUUGAGGGUCCCAUUUUCAGAUGAACCAAAAAUGCACUAUAACCUCUUUAGGUGAACUUGGACCUUCUCUAAACUUGUUUUGUGUAUUUUAGGUCCAUCCUGAAAUUUGACCUAGAAGCCCAAUAUUCCAAACCUUUUUUGAAUAAUGUAUAUUUGUUCUCCGGCACUUUGUAUAUGUAAAUGUUUCAGUUGACCUAGAUUCCCUUUUAUUUUUCUACAUAGACAUAAAAAUAAUAGAAAACACUGACUGACGUGUGGCAUGUUGCUGUGGAAUUGUGGGAGUGAUGUAAAGCAACGGCAACCUCCUCUUCCGUGUGUUUUUAAACACGCCUUUUUAACGCGCUGUUUUAACGACUUUUCAACGAGCUAAAUGGGACUUAGGCAAAUUAUGCAAAUGUUAUUGUUGUUGGUUUGCCUGUAGCGACCUGAAACGUGUUACAAAGUAGUUUCUUUACAAUCCAAAUAAACACGUUCUUCCACGCGAACAGCAGCUAUUCUUGUCAGUGUUUAAGUUGAUUGAACUUUGCACAAUGAACCUCAUCUGUUGCCGCUGCCAGUGCCUCUUCUGAACAUGACCGCAUAAUUCACUUUGAACUGUUUUUAAAAUGUUAGCCUGCCUGGUUUUGUUAAGAGUUUUAAGUUAAUUUACUGCCUGGCCACACCUGUACUGAACCGUACAGUCUUGCAGUGUGGGUCCCUAUUUGAUUUUGUUGCCAUUUCUGUUCCUUAAAUUAGCUUAAACGGGCAAAGCUACACAUGAAGGGAAGCAUUUGCUUCUAUUGAAAAACAAAGGUUGGACACCAAUUAAUUAUCGCGGUGAGCGAUCAGGUGUGCUGGGGUAAAUACCCAGUUUCACUGAAAUGUUCUGACAUUUUGUAUUUAUUAAUAACAUAAAUAUAAUGUGUGUAUCUCAUGCACAGUUGUUAAUGUGUCUCAUCCACCACAGUGUUCUGCAUUUAUUCAUUUGCAGUGUUUGCGAUCUGCUCGCGACGGCGGCGACCCUCCCCUUCCCCCGCUCGGAGAUCAUUGCUGUGUUCUGAGCAGCAGGUGAACUCCACGCACACAUACAUUCAUGCAGCGGUAAAAAGUAUGUGCGAGUGUACUAUCGCACAGGUCGGCAUGAUGCAAUAACGCUAUCUAAAAUAGAACUCCGUCACGGCAUGCCUUAUCUGUAAAAUAUGUAUGCACACUGAAAUAAACACUGCAUAAUUUGAUGAUGAUGAUUUCAUUUUGCGUAUCCUGAAAGUUUAACCUGAAAGUUUUUAUUUCAUGUAAACCAUGUUUGAACGUUGGAACAAACAUUACCAGUUAUUGAAAACAUUAGCUGUACAUUUUAACACAAAAAAAAAUAAAUAAUAAAAUCUGGAAUGGACU